GCCAAGGCGGCGCGGGAGCGGCGACUGUUCUUACAGUAACUUGGUGUUGUUGCUGUUCGCAUUCAGCGCAUCACGAGCCACAUCUACGUCAUUGGUUGCGAGGCUGUUGCUGAGUCAACCAGAGCGCCCAGCUUCUAAACCGAGAUCAGUCUGCGCGACAGCCAUCGUACAACUUCGCGAUGCGGUGCAACAUACGGCUAUGUCUACGUCGCAGACUCGUCUAGCAUCACUCCAACAUACCACGCCGCCUUCGAGUUUCGCUGACCACCCUUUGACGCCUCCGCCGACGGACGAGAAGCCCUUCGCGCACGCCCAACGAGUUAUCGAGCUUUUCGAAGCCAUCCGAGCCGGGGGGCGCAUCAAGCAAGACUCGUGGAGAGAGCUCCAGCUUGUACCAGGAGAGUACGAUGAGAUAGAGCGUCAGCUUGGCCGAGACGAGGCGCUGUCGGGAUACGUAAAGGAUAAGAUACGGUAUGAUUACAACGGAGAAAGCCACCGGCCCGUCGUUCGCAUGCCGACCGGAGUACAUGAGCUCUUCAUCGACGGGGUUGAGGACGCGAUUCGAUGUCAGCUAAAAACGAUUCGUAGCGGAUCGGACACAGCGGCCCGCUUCGUGCAGAAAGUGCGGCCAGCCCGAUCGACAGAGAUAUAUUUUCCAGUGGACAACGCUCCAUCCAGCAUGCAGUCGAAGUACGAGCCUGAUGCUUCUUUCUGGCACGAUGAUGCGCAAUACCCCGGUGUUAUUAUCGAAAUCGCAUACUCGCAGAAAAGGAAGAGUCUGGGCCGGCUAGCCGAAGACUAUCAUUUAGACUCGGACGCGAGCGUGCAAGUUGUUGUUGGCCUGGACAUUGAAUAUGGGAAGAAGAGGUCGCAGAAGGCAACGUUGUCAGAGUGGCGAACCCGUAUGGUCAGGACUACUGAGGGGAACGAGUUAAGAUUUCGUUUGUCUUUCGUUCCUGACAUUUCUUCCUACGCCUUCCGUGACGAGCAAGGAAAUCCUACGAAUCAUCCAGGUCUACGACUUCAACUCUCUGACUUUGCUUGUGAGGAACUCACAAAGGAUACAAUAAGUGGCGAAGGACAACACAUAACCCUGUCCACUCAGAAGCUUUGCCAAUGUCUUGCUACAGCAGAAGACAAGAUUCGAGGGCAAAGAGCACUUGUCAGGCACACUAUUCUCCCUGGAGUUAGGAAGCACAAGAGAUCAGAAACACCUCCAGACAAGAUGGCUUCUGAUGACGAAGCGAAGUAUGCUGACCAGGAGGAGAGGGCUAUAGAGCGAACGGCAGACGAUGACCCGGACUAUGAA